UAAUCUUUCAUCAAUAUAUAGUUUAAUGUAUUCAUCAACUGAUGAAUAAUUAUUGUGGUUUCAAUAAUCAUACAAAAUGUAUAGGAAAUAAUAGAACUCCAAUCUCCACUAUUUUGCCAGAUAACUGGAAUAAUGGCUCCAGUUUUCCAGAAGAAGACGAUUCACCAGUGGCACUUGAUGAGUUGCAGUAUGAUGUGACUCUGGAUGGAUACUAUAAAAUUUUUGAUUCAUGUGGAAGAAUGCCAAUUAUUAUUUUUUCUCUCAGACCAUCAGAAGGGGAAGAAAAAGCAUUGGAGCAAGAGAGAAACAUCGUCAGAGAACAACAAGAAGAACUGGAGAGAGCUGCCAUAGAAUUUGGAUAUAAGCCAAAUUGGACAAACGAAAUAUUCACAAUCAUUAAAAUUAAUAAAACAUCACCUGUAACGUAUAAGCUUAAAGACUAUCAAGGAAAUCCAAUACAAGGAAGCUUUUAUACUGAAAAGCUACAAAAAGUUCGACAUUCUGACAUUUAUUUAAUUGAAAAAGUUUUGAAAAGACAAGGGAAUAAAAUGUAUGUAAAAUAUCUUGGAUUUGACAGUAGUCAUAAUCAAUGGAUAGAUAAUCAAUAA